AUGUACUUGGUAUUUCAAAAACCAAAGAAACUCAAACCCCCCAUACGUAAGCUUAGAAAACAAUUGGGAAACCUGUCACACAAGGUGAAAGCUUUGAGAAUCGAACUUGAAAUAGCCCAAGAACAAUUAGAUCGUGAACCAGAUAAUGAAGAGAUUAGUGUUGAACAUGCGGUAUACCUGGAAGAAUUCACCAAAGCCUUAUGUGAAGAAGAAUGCCUCCUAAGACAAAAAGUCAAACUUAAUUGGCUUAAAGAAGGAGACAGGAAUAAUAAAUAUUACCAUAAAUUCAUUAAAGAAAGACAAAGCAUAAAUAAAAUUAACUCCAUCACUGAUGAGGACGGUGUGGUGCAUGGGGAUGAUAAGGUUGCUAAUAUUUCCGUUGCUCAUUUCUCUGACUUCCUUGAGAAGGCUAGGGAUGUUGAUCCUCUUGUCUCACCAAACGACCUUUUCAGCAACACCUUAACGAAUGAGGAGGUAGACUGGAUGGUUAGACCACUUGAAGAUAAGGAAAUCAAACAGACCAUGUUUGAUAUUGGGAAUGAUAAAGCACCUGGACCUGAUUGGUUCACGUCUACUUUCUUUAAAAAGGCAUGGAACAUAGUGGGGAAAGAAGUGUGCAAAGCAGUCAAAGAAUUCUUUCUUAAUGAACAACUUUUACAAGCUGUCAAUCAUACGAUCUUGGCCCUGCUCCCAAAGGUGGAAGUCCCUAAUACUAUGAAGGACUUUCACCCUAUAUCUUGUUGCAAUGUCAUCUAUAAAUGCAUUACAAAGAUCAUCGUGGCCACGAUGGCCUCUUCUCUACACAAUCUGGUUGAUGUGAACCAAUUAGCCUUCAUUUCAGGUAGAGCUAUCACUGAUAACAUCCUUCUUUCAUAG